UAUAUUUGUUUGGAGGUUCCUAUAGCAACCAUCUAAAACUUUCGUACGCCACAGGACCAUGGACGAAUUUCAAUUAUCUGAAGAGACUGCAUUUGUCGUUGAUGAUAUAACUACAAUCAUAAAAGAUACUGUGGAGACAACUAUUGGAAGCAGUGCCUAUCAACAAAAUCGAAUUAACCAAUGGACAUCCAGUGUGGUGGAAACAAGUCUGAAUCAACUGUCCAAACUAGGAAAACCCUUUAAAUACAUAGUGACUUGCAUCAUACUGCAGAAAAAUGGAGCAGGCCUGCACACUGCCAGCUCUUGCUUCUGGGACAACACUAUGGACAGAAGCUGUACGGUGAGAUGGGAGAACAAAACCACGUACUGUAUAGUCUGUGUCUUUGGGUUGGCUGUCUGACUUGAACAACCACCAUCUUCUAUCUUCCCCUGUUUUGUAAUCAGACAUUUUCCCAACCCCAGUGAAACCAGUCUAAUAAAUGUAGCCCUUGGUUUUGAACACAACUGGUCAAUCAUGGAAUACACCCGUCUUAUUCCUUAUCAUAUUAAGCGGGUUAGCAGUUUAACUAAAUUCAUAAAUCUGCAAUAAACAGUUAAAAAGACAUUGAAA